UGCCCACGCCCCUGGCGAUUUGAGGGAAGCCUUCGAUAUGUCCGUCCAUUUUGAUGUAACGGCCGCUACGCUGUUUAUGACGGGCGCUACUUAGUUAUUAUAACAAGAAUAAUAACGCUAAUAAUUGAGUAGAGAAUGGGAAUUCUCCACCAUCUGUGGGACGACACGGUCGCCGGGCCUCCGCCGGACUCCGGCCUCGGGAGACUACGCAAGUCCUCCUCCUUUUCUCCUUCCUCCUCCUCGACGGCGUCGGCGCCUCCUGCUGCCCUCCAGGUCACGAGGAGCAUCACGAUCCUCCGGAUCGGCGGUCCCUCGUCUCCGUCGGCCGCCUCCUCCCCUCGCAGCGCCCCUGACUCCCCUGCUUCCGCUUCGACGCCGAGGGGGGACUGGAAGAGGCCCCGGAGGAAGUCGGGGCCGGCGGAGGGCGGGGGAUCCGACGCCGUCGAGCCGAGGAAGCCCACUGUCUAUGACUGGGUGGUGAUUAGCGCUUUGGACAGAUGAAGAAAAACUAGAAAAAUUGAAGAAUCUGCAGAGUUUUAGUGGUUUGAUGGAGAUUAUAUACAUGACUUUUGUCGAGAUGUCUCCUUGUAUCUGUAUGGUUCAUGGGAAUUAUUCAGUGUAUGCUAUUAGAGUUUUAUGUGAGAAGUAGUAUUUGCUCUUUGAUCGAA